AUGAUGUUCCUAGAGCCGAAGCGUGGCUACGCACCGAGCCAAAAACGCCACUGCCCCGAAGCUUGGAGGGACUCCGCCUGUAGCGAAGACGACGCUGGCUGCCACGCGCUCCCUUCCCAGGGUCCCGUGCGUCCCAUCGUCGUCGGCGUCCUCCUGCUGGCGGCAUUCUACGGCCUCAGGACGUUCGGGCCCGUGCAAGCGUCCAAACGGGGCGGCGGCCCAGUGCUCGUCGCGUCCAACGGUUCGCAGGUGUCCUCCUACGACACCGAGCUCUCCCCGUUCGGGCUGACCGUGGAAGAGGAAGGCCGCAACGAAUACGCCGCCUGGCGCCUCAACGCUUCCGUGCGCUGGCGCCAGACCCACUCGAUGAUCCACACGUGCUGCGUGUUCGCCGACCAACGCGUGAGGCCCACGCUCGUGCGUUUCCUGGUGCUCGCCCCGACCGUUCAGCUGGUGCCCGCGCACUACAGCUCGUUGUACGGAGUGAACGGCUCCAGCUACGGCCAAUACGAGUGCCUCUUCCUCAAAAGGAACAGCACGCCCGUGCGAGGGACGUUCUUCACCGAGUCACGUGCACGCCACCUGGACGAAUCGCACGUGCCGGUUUAUCGCAACGGCAGCGCCAGAGCCGAGGUGUGCGUCGGCCAGCAGCCUCACUUGAACUGCUCGUACCUGUGGGAAAGCCAUGUGGUUGCCGUAGCUGGAAUGAGCGUUCCGGCCGGCGGUUUGACGAGUGUCCCCUAUGAACCUGUUCUCGUCACGUGCGUGGUGCCGGAAAAAGCUAGUGUUAGUCUGGCGUCCCUCGUGUACCGUCGCGAAGAGAGCGCCUUCUGGUUUGUUCCACGCAAGCUUCAGUUCGCCGUCGCGAAACAGAGAGCCACGGUCGGCGUCUGCGUGCCACCCUGGAUCUUGAAGGACAGCACCGAGACGCAGCGAGACCUCCUCGAGUAUUUCGCCUACCACAGUGCGCUCGGGGCGCGCCACUUCAACGUCUACGUGAACGCGACCGACGAGCGAACGUUGGCGUUCCUCCUGUCACUCAGGAAACGAAGCCCGGUGAGCCUCACGUACCGGUCGUGGCCCGGCGUUCCGGCUGAUAACAACUUAGCUUUCGCUGAAGCUGCGCUCGUCAUGGACUGCGUCUUCAGCUACGCCAACACGCCCAUUGAAUACGUCACGACAGUAGCCCUUGGAGAGUUUAUCGUCCUACGUAAGGCGUCCACCUUCGGUGACUUUCUCUCCAAGGCGGAGUUCGCGAACGCGACGUCGUUGAUGCUUCUCAGUCAGCCCUUCACCGCAGAUGGCACGCCGGACAAAGGCGACAUGCUGCUAGCACAGAGGAACAAGCUACGCGUGCGGCUCUCGAUGGAUCCGCCGGGAAGAACUUCGAGGGUAUUUCUCAAGGCGACGCGCAUAGUGGACGCGGACGCAGCCCAGGACUACCAAACUCUCCAGGCAAAUCCGGUCACGGUGGACGGCGACGAGGCGGUCGUGCUCCGGUACGUGACGUCACCGGACGACAACUCCGGCAAGGGCGAGGAUGCCGUCUACGUCGACUUCUCCAACUACACGAAGGACUUCUCGAGCCUGGCAAAGUGGCAAACGCACAUUUCGAGAUCAUCGCCGCUUCUGUCGUUUCCUUGGAACAACAGAACGGGGCGCUGACACCUGUUGCAAUGCGCCGUGCAGCGCUGAACCGCUAAAUGGAUAUGCCGUUGGAGAUCGUCCCCAAAAUGCUUUUUGGAGACGAUCUCCAACGGCAUAUCCAGUUAGCCGUCUCCAAAAUGCUUUUCGGAGAUGUAACCUAUUUGUUACGAAAAGCCAGGUCACCAACGGACAUUUCCAAGACUAUUGCAUCAAAGAUAUGACAAAGUUAUUAAAGUUCUUGCGUUUAUUCCAGCAUCCACGAAGCCAGGAAAUAACGUUAGUGUGCACGCCAUAGUCAGACGAAAAAAAAAUGGCGCCGUGUAAUCAUUGCGCCCAGAUAAAACGUCACGCUGUUGUGUUUUAAAAAGAGAUAAUGUUGUCUUAUUUAAUAGUUCGAAGUGGUAUUUGUAUGUCCUUCUAAGGAUUCCAUAUCUCUAUUCCUAAGCUUCAGAAGAGGUGACACCGGUACAGUUUGAAAAAGCGAGUCUUAAAGUAUAAUUUACUGGAUGCUUCCGUAAAGCCAUUCAGAGUCUACAGAGACAUUUUUAUUUUGCGGGAAAAUGCUUGGGAAUGGCGUCCUUAUUUCAGGAUGCAUUGGGCUCGGGUCGCGUCCUGUGCCCUUGCCGAGGUCGGAGUAGGCCAGCUCUCCCCAAAAGUUCACCGGUGUGGAGGAGUCUGCACGGCCUUUGUUCGCAGCUUCCUACCAUGCGUCGAAGGGACUCUGCUUUUCAGCAGAAGCGGCAUUGUAGGGAGAACUGUGUAGGGUCUGUACGAGGUGAUUUCUGGUUCGGUGAGGGGAAUGUAUUAGGGGA